AUGUGUCUACCUAUCUAUCCGCUUACUGGACUGCUAUUUUUGGAUCUUGAACGCCCCCUGAGACUCGAUCAAGGAACCUCGAUCUAUGCCGCCCUCCGUGCUGUAGCUGGUAGCCAGUAUACACAGUGCGACAUGGAAAAAGCUCACGAAAAGAAGAAAAAAAAAUUUUUCUGGACUAAUGGGCGCCUUCCAGUUGCCUCCGUCUGGUUUGUCCUGACCCAUCAGCCAGGCCUCUUCAAUGGGAAUGCUAGUGAGAUGACCGGGAGACAAUACCUGCUGGGUACCUACAACAGGUAG